AUGGAUCACGCAGCCCUAGACGAUCUGCACGCUGGUGGCGAGCAGCAGCACCAGCAGCAGCAGCAGCUGAAGCCGCGCGAUCAGGAGCGGUGGGGACCGGCGCACGCGCGCCACGCGAGCAGCAUCAGCUUCGGCAGCCUGGCCUCUGACAGCCAGCUCGAGACCCUGGGGGCUGCCAGCGAUGAUGAGGCAGCCGCGAGCGGUGACGGCAGCGAUGCCACCUCAGAGGCGACAGCCAGCGUCGCUGCCGCAGAGCACAACGGUGUCAGUGUAGCUGGUAAUGCUGUGGAGGGGUCCACGCGCGGUGUGCCUGAUCCGCCUGAGAAGCAGCCUGAGCAGCAGCAGCAGCAGCAGCAGCAGCAGCAGCAGCAGCAGCAGCAGCAGCAGCAGCAGCAGCAGCAAGAAACUUCACAGGUGGAGGCUGCAGCGUUGGCAAGCCACAGCGUCGGGGAGGUGGAGGCAGCCGAGGGCCGCUCUCAUGCGGCGCUGUCGCCUACGUCGCGCCUGGAGCUACGGCGGAUAAGCAGCAGCAGCCCGGAGCAGGACGAGGACAGCGCUUGGGGCUGCUGGAGCCGGCGGCGCCGCCACUUUUUCAUCGUCACCAGCGCGGGAAAACCUGUGUACAGCCGCCACGGCGACGAGGCCGCGCUCGCCGGCUUUUUGGCAGUGAUUCAGGCUGUGGUCAGCGUGGUGGGCGACCAGGGCGACGGCGUGCGCCACAUAACCUCGGGGCCUCUGAACAUCGUCUUCCUCGUGCGCGGCCACUUGUACUUAGUAGCCGCCUCAUCGCGGGCCGAGCCCGUCGCGGCGCUGCGCAUGCAGCUGCACAUGCUGCACCAGCACCUGCUGGUGCUGGUCACAGGCGGCAUCGAGCGCAUGCUGCAGCGCAACCCCGGCUACGACGCACGCCACCUGCUGGCUGGCUCCCAUUGCAGCCUCACGGCGCUGCUGUCGGCUCUCAGCGACGACCCCUUCUGGAUGAUGGGCGUGAUGGAGCCGGCCCAGCUGGCCGCGGCGGAGCGGAGAGCAGCGUUGGCCGCGCUGGCGGGCGCUGUGCAGGCCAGCGAGUCCCUUUACGGCGUCAUCAGCGCAGGGCGCCAGGUGGUUGCGCUUGAGGCCGGCCGCGGCGCUGCACCGCUGUCAGUGCUGGAUGUGCAGCUGCUGCUAAACUUCCUGGCGUCAAACGACGCGCUCAGGGCCGGCGAGACGUUUGUGCCCGUGUGCCUCCCGGGCUUCAACGCAACCGCGUUCCUGCACGCGUAUGUGGCGUGCCUGGACCCGGGCAGCGGCGUUUUCCUGGCGCUCCUGUCUGGCGGCAGCGACGCCUUCCACCGUCUGGCGGACCAGCGGGAGCCGGUGGAGGAGGCGCUCCGGCAGGCUGGCGUGCUGCAGCGGCUCUCAGAGGCGCACGCGGCCCCAGACGGCGGCCGGCUGCCGAUCGAGGCGCUCCCGUCGGCGGCAGGAGGCGGCGUCCCAGGGACAGCGACGCUGUGGCACUUUGCUGCGUCGUUCCCGUCACGGCGGCAAGGCGUGCAGGCGGCGCAUGCAGCGCACGUUUUUACGGACCGCAGGUCGAGAAAGGAGCUGAGCCGCGCAUAUGUGCGUGCCUACUGCACGCUCCACGCCCAGCAGCUGCAUGCGGCUGCAGGCGGCAGCAGCAACGGCGGCGGGGGUGGUGGCGCGGCGGCGGCGGCGGCAGCGUUCGUCAUGUCGUCUCAAACGCCGCGCCCGUCCCGCAUGCUGUGGGUUGCGAGCCCCCGCUGGGUGCUUCUGGCCCUGGCAGACAGGGAUUUGGAGCUGUACUGCUGCUUCGACGCCCUGGUCCCGCAGGAGGGCGCUGUGCGCGCUGGCGAGGCGCUGCGGCGGUGGCUGGGCGAGCGGGGGCGCGCCGACGCGCUGCUCAUGCCUUCGGGGGCAUAA